GCAGAGGAUGGGACCUGCAGGAGCAGGAGGAGGAGGAGGAGGAGGCGGUGGAGGAGCUCAGCUGUGUUUCCCUCACAGCCCGGUGGAGAUGGAGGAUCCCCGGAACACGAUCCUCUGAGAUCCGACCCCGGACACGUCCCGUCUGGAGGUGGACGGGUCGGGAGGCUUGUGGAGGAAUGGGUGCUCUCCAGUCUGCGUCCGGUCAUCCAGAAUACGUUGGUCUGGCGGAGAAGACGGGAUUUUCAUUUGAACAGAUCAAAGUCCUGCAUAAAAGAUUCAAACAGCUGAGCCACCAUGAAGAAACUCUGCGGAGAGAUCACUUCAAUGAGAUCCCAGAUCUCGCGUGCAACCCCAUCCGUGCACAGAUCGUAGAGGCUUUCUUUGACAGAAGAAACUACCAUCAGAACGGCGAGGGCACGGUCCAGGAGAUCGGCUUUGAGGAGUUCCUGGUGGUCAUGUCCCAUUUCAGGCCCCCGUCUCUGCACAUGACAGACGAGCAGCGUGAGAACGUCAGGAGGGAGAAACUGAGAUUUUUAUUCAACAUGCACGACACAGACAACGAUGGGACAAUAACCCUGGAGGAAUACAGACACGUGGUGGAGGAGCUGUUAUCUCGGAGCGGGGCUUUGGAGAAGGAGACGGCCAAAAGCAUUGCCGAUGCAGCCAUGUUGGAGGUGGCCAGCAUUUCAAUGGGUCACAUGGAGCCUGAUGAAUUCUAUGAGGGGAUCACAUUUGAGCAUUUCCUCAAGCUGCUGCAUGGCUUUGAAAUUGAAUCCAAAAUGAACAUUCGCUUUUUGAACAUGGACACGUCGACCCUGUGUAAGUGACGCUGGUACGUUAGUCGGUGACUCGGCGAAGACUCUGAGGACACACAUCGUUGUUUUCAUGAUAACAGCAACUCUCGCCUGUUUCCUACACCAACGUUUGUCGCUUGCACUGACUUUAUGCCUUACUCAUGUUGGAAUAACUAUGCAGAUCCAAAGAAAAAAAUAUAUAUAUUAUUAUAUAUUAUAUUAUUUAUGUUUUAGGAUUAUUUUUAUUUGACUGUAAGCAAUAAUAUGAGGCACUACAUGAUAUAAUAACCAGCCUGUUAGUAGUUGGACAAAGCAAUAAUCAAAUAUCCAUGUCUGGAGUAACAGACGGUACGACUAUGCAUGCGAAUAUGGAUGCUAUAACUGUUAAUGCCAUUUAUCAAUAGCACCCAAUAAUCAGGGAUAAAAGAGUUUGUCUUUAAAUGUAUAUGUCUAGAAAUAAUAGGACAACAAUAAGAAAUGCCUUCACGCUGACACUGCAGCAUAUUUAACAUGGCUCAUGCUAUGCACACGACAUUUGCACAAUAAAAAAACCCCCAUGAAAA